UAAUCCCUCUGCAAUAAGAAGGUCUUGUUUGGCUCUGUUGGCAAUGUUAUGUUAUGCUACGUAUUAGGUUGCCUUUGUUUUAUUCUCACUUGUUUAUUUUGUUUCCGUUCUUUUUUUAGUUUUUUUAGUUUUUUUUGGCGAAAAAAAUCAUUGGUUGCUUAAUUGUUUUUCGUUGCUUACAUUAUUUUUUUAAAGUAAAUUUCACAUUUAUAUAACGAUAAACAGAGAAGAACUUUAGACAUAAUAAACACGAGACGUUCUUAAAAAACAAAUUAGUUCUAAAGUCAAAUGAAUAGCACAAACUCACAAACUAACAGCCUUUUUUUGCAACAAAAGAAAUCUUUUCCACACAAUUUUCAACAGCCAUGUUCUAUAAAUUCAGCUUCAAUAGCUCGUAAAAAACCCUGUUCACUAAAUACAUCUUUAAGUUUAAAAAGACCUAACUCGUACAGAGCGCAAAAAAAAAAAGUAGAAGAAGAAGAAAAAAAAAAAAGUUCAAGUAGUUUGCUCAAUAGAUUGCGGUCGAUAAGUUCUCCUAACAUCCACAAUGGUUUUAACGAAACAACAAGUUCCGAUCAAGAUGUUGAUAAUGGAUUAGUUCAAACUAAAUCACACGAAGAACUUAAUAACUCUUCUAGUACUUCCGAUAGAAAUCUUAGAAACAAUAAAAACGAUAAAAAUGAAAGUAUAAACCACAACUCAAUUCAAAAAAUAAAUAUUUUUACUGAUACAUCGCGCAAAAAGUCUGUGGCUGCUGUAUUAGGUGAUAUUAAAGACUUUAAAAUCCGUCGAUCAAACUCAGCCAAAACUCCAAAUAAACAUAAUAGAGAAACAAGAAAAGUUAAACGACUUACACUUAAUGAAGAAAAUAUGAAGGAUUUUGACGUCCCUAUGUUUCCUGCUACGACAUUAUUUGUUCCUGGUUAUGAUUUUGAAACUAGACAAAAAAAAAACGAUAUACAAAAAUCUUUUCGAAAGCAAAGUUCUCCUAUUUUAUCGAGACGAGGAAGUCGCGAUAAUACAGCCAUGAAGUUAACUUCACCUACAACAAAUCAUAAAUCUUCAUCUCUAAUACAAGAAGAUAAAGAUACAUCCGCAGCAGCAAAUGCGUCUAAACCUGAACUGAAAAAGUUUUCUCCAUUAUUAGCACGAAGAGGAAGUUUACCUCGUUACUUUCCUAUUCUAUUAAAGCGAAACUCGAAAGAGAAAAUUUGCGUGUCAGUUAAUCAAACCAAUCAAGUUACAAAUAAUAAUGAUAGACUACCUGUAUCCAGCGAAGAACUUGAAGAAUGUGUUAGUGGUUUGGAUUUAAACGAUAGAAAAAAAAUAUUACUUAAAAACCAAGAAAAAUUUGCUCAAAAAAAGAAAAACAGUAAAGCAGAAGACGAUGUUCCGUACGAGCAUGUGUAUGGAAAAGUAAAAAAUAUAUCAAGCGCAUUUGAUAAGGGGACUCCGUUUAAGGAAGAUUCCCGCAACUCAUUUUUUCGCACAAAGUCUCUACCUACUAAAUAUGAUGGUAAAACAUGUGUGGAAAAAUUAGCUUAUACUUGUAAAAAUUUAUCAAAUUAUAACAAAAAUGGUGUUGAAUAUUUGGGAGAUUUUGAACCAAAUGGUGGUAGAAGCAAAGUGGAAGGUUAUACAAACGGAGACUUUCAUUUUUCUAAACCUGAGUUUAACAUAAUUACUCCAUCGCCUACACCAAAAUCUUAUCUUAAUGAUGACGCAUUAAGCAACUCUUGGCCAAAUAUAAGGGAAACUACAACGGACUUAUGUGUAACCGAGUUAUAAGUAAAUGUUAUCGACUGUUCUUAAACUAUUGAAUAAUUUUGCUGCACUUUUGUAAAUAUGAAAACAGGCAUAGUAAACUUAUGAGAAUAUAAUAUAAUUAAUCAAAAUA